GGUCUCUGGAAAAGCAUCAGUUGUCAGCCAAUCCAACUAUCACCAACAUGCGGUACUCUUGCGUCCUCCUCCUCCUGGCCCUCUUCGGCUGUGUCCUGGUCAGACAGACCAGUGGCACCGGCACCACAACCACCACCGUGGCGGCUGCCACUACCACCACCACCUCUGCAUCGGCCACAACCACAACCACGGCAGCCACCACCACCACCGCCGCCGCCACCACAACUACCGCCGCCACAAGCUCAGCAGCCACAACCGCCGCACCUUCUACACCAUCUGGGGGCAAGACCAAGGUCAAGCGCCACUGGAAGCGCAAGGUGCACAAGGGCAAGAAGAGGUCCAUCCGCCGCAGGAACAGGAACAAGAGCAACAAGAGCGGCUAGGCUUGGUCUGACUUUAGAUCCACAAAUGUAAUCCCUAAAUGGAGCCACAAGU